CCCGCCGCCCCCGCGGGUCUCGCUGUGACGCGGGCAUGAGCCUGGCCCGCGCCUCCGCCGAGCGAGCGACCCCGGCCAGGGCCGCGGCGCCCAGCAGGCGCCAGGCGAAGGAGCUGCUAGAACAAUGCUGAGGCGGCCGAGUUGAGCGGAGCAGCCCCGGCAGAGCAGAGCGUCUGGAACAGGUGAUCGAAGGAGCCGGAAACCGAGGCCACCUGGGCACCCCUCCCCUCACUCUGCCUGGCCAACCAGCCCCAGAACGGCCGGGAGCCAUGGCGACCAAUUUCAACGACAUCGUCAAGCAAGGCUAUGUGAAGAUGAAGAGCAGGAAGCUUGGGAUUUACAGGCGUUGCUGGCUGGUGUUCCGGAAAUCCUCUAGCAAGGGACCCCAGCGGCUGGAGAAGUAUCCAGACGAGAAGUCAGUGUGCCUCCGAGGCUGCCCCAAGGUGACCGAGAUCAGCAAUGUCAAAUGUGUCACGCGGCUCCCCAAGGAGACCAAGCGGCAAGCAGUGGCCAUAAUCUUCACCGAUGACUCUGCGCGCACCUUCACCUGUGACUCAGAGCUGGAGGCAGAAGAGUGGUACAAGAUACUCUCUGUGGAGUGUCUGGGGUCACGGCUCAAUGACAUCAGUCUUGGGGAGCCAGACCUCCUUGCCCCAGGGGUGCAGUGUGAACAGACAGACCGCUUCAAUGUCUUCCUGUUACCCUGCCCUAACCUGGAUGUGUACGGCGAGUGCAAGCUGCAGAUCACCCACGAAAACAUCUACCUCUGGGACAUCCACAACCCCCGCGUGAAGCUCGUUUCGUGGCCCCUCUGCUCGCUGCGCCGCUACGGCCGGGACGCCACACGCUUCACCUUUGAGGCCGGCCGGAUGUGCGAUGCUGGGGAAGGGCUCUACACCUUCCAGACACAGGAGGGGGAGCAGAUUUACCAGCGGGUCCACAGUGCCACCCUGGCCAUCGCCGAGCAGCACAAGCGGGUCCUGCUUGAAAUGGAGAAGAAUGUGCGGCUGCUGAACAAAGGCACAGAGCACUAUUCGUACCCCUGCACACCUACCACCAUGCUGCCCCGCAGUGCAUACUGGCACCACAUCACGGGUUCCCAGAACAUUGCUGAGGCCUCCAGCUUCGUAGGUGAGGGGUAUGGAGCAGCCCAGGCCAGCUCAGAAACAGACCUCCUCAACAGAUUCAUCCUGCUGCAGCCCAAACCGGGCCAGGACGACAGCUGUGAGCCCAAGACUCCGUCCCAGUGA